AUGGAAAAUCAAACUGAUAGGAGGUUUACUUGGGUGAUUAAAAAUUUCUCCUCUGUGAAAUCAAAUGAUACAUACUCUGAUGAAUUCAUAGUUGGUGGCUGCAAAUGGCGUUUUCUGGCCUAUACCAAGGGAAACAAUAAGCCUAAUCAUUUCUCUUUGUAUCUCGCCGUUGCUGAUUCUAAAACUUUGCCUCUUGGGUGGAGAAGACACGCUAAAUUUUCGCUAACAAUAGUAAAUCAAUUCUCGGAUAAACUGUCCCAAGCUAAAGAAUCGGAAAACUGGUUUGAUCAGAAUAGUAAUGACUGGGGGUUUUCAGAAAUUAUUACCAUCGCCAAACUUAAUGCCGGAGAGGGAUUUAUGGUGAAUGGAGAAGUCAUAGUUGCUGCCAAAGUUGAUGUACUUGAAGUUGUAGGUAAAUCAGAAGAACCUUCACCAGUAAUGGAAACCAUAUAUGUUGACGGGAUUCAAGUUCUUCCUUCACAGGUAAAAUCUGUGAACCGUUUGUUUGAAAGACACCAAGAUAUUGCAUCAAAAUUUCGUCCAAAGUAUCCAUUUAUGAAGACGGCGUACAUGACUGUCCUCCUAAGCUUAACCGAGUGGCUGUGUCAAUCGCCUAAGGAAAUUUCUAAGGAUGAUUUUGCAGAUAAAGAUGCUGCUCUUGCAUACUUGACGGAUGCAGGGUUCGAGUUAGGCUGGUUGGAGAAGAAACUUGAUGAAGUAAAGGACAAGAAGAAGAAAGAAGAAGCUUGUUUGGCACGGCUUCAAGAAAUGGAGCAACAACUUCAAUAA